AAACAGACACACACACAUACACACGAUCCGAUCCAGUGCCAGUCCGAUGAUAAUCGUCAUGUGUAUGUGGGCUGUCAGGAUGAACUGGUUACAAAAUGAGUUGAAAUCCAGUUUGGCUUGUUGAAUGUGACAUCUGUGUUUUCGUCUCGUGCAACAUUCCUGGGUCAUUAGCGUUGGGUCACGACCGAGUUUCGACGAGCUGCUUUUGUUCUGUCAGGGGUUUGGACAAACUUGUUUGCACUUUCAAUAUCAAAGACCUGGUGGAAAACUGCAGAUCCAGUUCACACGGGAUUCAUGUCAUUCACGCCAUGGAUUUGAUUUCACCGGGAUAUGUGGAUUAACACAAAUUCAUGAUCUGCUGGGAUUUAUCAUCCACGAACGAAUGUGGCCAGAUGUUGACAUCAUGAGACAUCAGGGAUAUUAAUUGUGAAAAUAACUGUAACAUUGCUGCCUACAUGCCCAGUGCAGAAUGGCAUCGACCGAGAGACUGUAUGAAGUUUGGAUGCUAUACUGCAGUAAGAAGGACCCAGACUACCUGAAGCUCUGGCUGGAGGUCUUCAUCGGAUCCUAUGAGAGAUGUCUGGAUGUGGACUUCGAGAAACCACCCAGCAGGCUGGAGGACACGCCCCCCGUGAUGUCACUGCUCCCAGAUAACAUCCUGCAGGUCCUGCGACUGCAGCUGCUGCAGUGCGUGCAGAAAGCAUCUGAGGGCCUGGAGUCUGAGCAGCAGGCGCUGGCUUUACUGCUCCUAAAGUUCCUCAUUGUCAUCUGCAGGAACCUGUCGAACGUGGAGGAGAUCGGUGCCUGUUCCUACAUCAACCACAUCAUCACCAUGACAACGCUCUACAUCCAACAGCUGAAGAGUAGGACCAAAGAGAAAGAGCUGGCAGACCAGACGCAAGCCGAGGAGUUUGUCCGUCACGCUUUGGCCUUUUGCGAGAGUCUCUACGAUCCUUAUCACAACUGGAGGCAUCGCAUUCACGGACAACAGCUCAGUGCGGUGGAAAAAAGCAGACAGAAAUUCAAAGCCGCACCGCUUACUGUAGAGUUUGUGCCUUUCUUUUACCAGUGUUUUCAAGAGAGCGAGCAUCUGAAGGACAGUCUUAAAUGUUGUCUCUUGCACCUGUUUGGAGCCAUCGUGGCUGGUGGACAGCGUAAUGCUCUGUUGGCCAUCUCGCCGGCCACCAUGGAGGUGCUGCUGGGAGUUUUGUCUGGAGGCGAGUGUCUGAAUGGAGACGGAGAGGAUUGGGACAGCGAGGCUCCGGACAGGAAAGGGCUGCUGACACUGGGAUGUUUGAGAGAGGUGGUGCACAGCCUCCUGGCCAGCAGCUCUGAUCAGAGACAGGUAGAGAUUAGCUCUGUGCUGGAGAGCUACUUCAAACUGCUCAACUCUGACCCUGCGGCAGCGGCGCAGGUCAAAGGUCGGCCGUCCCCGCACCGCUCCCGACACUGGGAGAGCCGCUUUGUGGCGUUACAGGUGAACAUGCUCGAAACCAUCCAGGACAUGUUUGAGUGCACGGACCGGCCCGUUCUGCAGGCCAUCUUCCUCAACAGUAACUGCUUUGAGCACCUGACCCGACUCCUGCAGAACAGCAAGCUGGUUAACGCUACGUGCACAGCUGCAGACAAGGACCAGAAAGAUUUAACCAACAGGUUACUGACAGGAGAGAGUGAGAUUCAGGUGUUCCAAGGGAGACUCGACUCGCUCGCAGUGGCCACCAUCAAAACUCUGAUGACGGUGAUGCACAAGUCUCCUGCCGCAAAGGAAGUGUUUAAGGAGCGGAUUGGCUACACGCAGCUGUACGAGGUGCUGAUCUCGCUGGGCCAACCGUCAAGACACCUGCUGAAGGAACUCAUGAAUAUGGCAGUCGAAGGUGAACAUUCCUCCGUGGGUCUUCUGGGCAUCAGCAACGUGGACCCUCUCUUGCUGCUCAUCCAGUGGCUCCCAGAGCUGGACUCUGCCGAGCUGCAGAUUUUCACCGCCGACUGGGUCCGGCGCAUCUGCGGUCUGAACCGUCGGACGCGGGCCACCUGCGUGAACUCCUCCAUGACCUUGAGAGUUCUGACGGCUCUGGAGAGGCACGAUCGCCUGCACCGGGUCUGUGUCGAGAGCCUGGUGGGUCUGCUGGGCUCGCUGGGCAGCCAAUCACUGAGCUCCAACGAACUCCAGCACCUGCUGAGGUUCUUACGUCAGGACGAAUCGGGUCGAGCUCACCCGUACGUGGGCCCCGUACUGCGGGCUCUCCUCGGCAUGGUGCGCAAACAGGGCGUAGAGAGCGCCAUGCAGUAUUUUGACAUGUCGCCGCCCAUGGCUGGCAUCGCCGUGCCGACCAUUCUCCGUUGGCCAGGCUCUGCCUUCAGCAUCUUUACUUGGCUUUCGUUGGACCAAGACCAACUGGGCGCGCAAAGUAAAGGAGAAAAAAGGAAACAGUUGUAUAGCUUUUUCACCCCGGGUGGAACCGGAUUCGAGGCCUUUAUCAGUUCGGCUGGAGUGCUUGUCGUUGCCGUGUGCACCAAGAAAGAGUACGUUACCGUCAUGCUACCCGACCACUGCUUCUGUGAUUCGCUGUGGCACAGUAUUGCUGUAGUUCAUGUGCCGGGGAAGAGACCGUUUGGCCAGAGUUUGGUUUAUAUUUAUGUGGAUGGACAGCAGAGGUUAUCAGCACCUCUAAAAUACCCAACUAUGACUGAGGCCUUCACGUCAUGCUGCAUCGGUUCUGCUGGUCACCGCACCACAACCCCACCCCCAUCUCAAAUCCCAGACCCUCCCUUCUCAGCUGGUAACGCCUCGGGCCGUUCGUCAUUCGGCGGUAUCCUCCCGGGCUGGGGCGGGCUGUUAGGAACCAAACCCGAAUCAGUCACCAAACUCAUUUCUGCUGGUACUCAGGACAGCGAAUGGGGCAGCCCCACCUCACUGCAGGGGCAGCUGGGAAAUGUCAUGGUGUUUCACGAACCCCUCCAAGCCAGUCAUAUCAAAGCUCUCUGCAGCGCAGGACCAAACUGUGUCUCUCCUCUUAAGAGCCAAGACGCUGAGCUCGGAGACUUGGCAAGCAAACUUUUACUAUACUAUUCCCCAAAGGCAUGUAGGAACCCAAUAUGUCUGGAUUUAUCUCCUAAUAUGCUGCAUGGGCGUCUGACAGGAAAUAAAGUGGUUAACUGGGAUAUCAAAGACAUGAUAAACUGUGUCGGAGGUCUCCCUGUGCUGCUACCUAUACUGGAACAGUUGACGUUGUUAACCCCAGAGUCACAUCACGUCGAAUCCUCAGGCUCAGAGUUUAUCAGCCCUGACUCAUCCACACCGGCUGAUGGAGACUGGGUCAUUCUGCCCUCCAGCAGGGCGUCAGAGGCCAGACUGGAGAAGAAUCUGGUGGCAACAUUCUUACUAGUGGUCAAACAUUUCCUGCAACGACACCCGAUAAACCAGGAAACCCUUCUGCACUCGCAUGGUGUGGCCACAUUAGGAGCGUUGCUUCAAAAGUUACCUGCGUUCCUGGUGGACGUGAGCUUGCUGGUGGCCGUUCAGCUGCUGAUCGAGCAGUUGACGUAUGAGAAAAACCCGCAGCUUCUCCAGCAGAUACACACGCAUCUGCUCUUCAACUUCAACAUCUGGAACCAAGGAGAUUUCCCCCUGCGCAUUGGUCACAUCCAGUACAUGUCCACCAUCAUCAAAGACAACAGGAAGCACUUUAGGAAGAAACAUGGAGUUCAGUUCCUCCUGGACACCAUUCGCUUUUACUAUGGUUGUGGAAGUAAAGAUGGAGGUUUGAGUGAAGAUGACAUUAAAACAAUCCGAGCGUCUCUCUGUGGCCUUCUCAAGUAUUACAUCGGCAAGGGCACCACCCAUGAUGAGAUCCAGAGCAUUCUGGGAUAUGUUGCUGCUAUUGGAGAUGAGGAACAGCUGUGUGCGAUAUUGGAGCUGAUGUUAACUCUGCUGCACACCAGCAUUGCGCGGGAUCAGCUCUUCCUGCUGCUGUUUGAACCCGGAGCGGCUGACUCCUGCUACGCUCUGCUGCUCAACAACAAAUACUCUGACCGCCUUCGAGAGCUCGUCUUCAAGUUGUUUGAACGGAUGCUGAAGUGUGACCGUGUUUAUGAGAAGAGUAAACACAAGUUACGUUUGAAGGAUGUGGGAUAUUCUGGGCUCAGUCUUCUGUUCUCAGACCUGCACCUCACAUCCAUCCUCAUCAAGUGCCUUCUUCACCAAGUGCUUAACACCGAUACUGUGGUGAACUAUAAAGACCUGCUGGCUCUGGUUCAGCUGACCCACAAAGCCGGGCCCAGCGUUCGACUGAUCGUGUGCAAGAGGCUAUAUGCACUGUUACAGUCUCAGCAGGACGCAGCGCUUCAAAUCUCCAAGCAGAUGUGUUGGCAAGACUCUCUAAUGCGUUUAUUUGUCCGGAGCCCGGGGAGCGACGGAGGUUCCGGUUCUGGUCGUAGUGAUGCCGCCAGCCUGGGGAGUUUCGAACUGAGUCGCGGCAGCAUAGCGAACCGCCUCGAACCUCUGAUGGAGCGCAGGUCUCUGUUUGACAGCAUCGGGAGGUCGAACGAAGAGAGAGACAGCGUCUCGGAUGGUGCUGGAGAUAGUAGAUCCAUAGACAGUCUGGAUAACGGAGAGCUGAUGUCCCUUUCCGACACCCCGGUGGAUGCACCAACACCCAAACCUUGGGGCGGGAAAGCGGGGGUCCUGAGUUUGGAUCUUUCUCAUGUGCAUCUGUUCGAUCACGGGGACAGCGGCAGUCAGACCCCUGGGAGCAUGCCCAGCACACCGUCUCCCGUAGAGAACGCCAAGCCUUUUCCUGGAACUUCUUCUCUGAAUGAUGACAACUUCCUGUUUAGUGAUAACACGUCCUUAGGAGAGUCUUUUAACUGUGUGGAGCGCACAGAGGAGGAACUGGCUCGUUUGUUGCUGGAAAUCGUGUUGUGCGUGAUGUGGAGGGGAGUGGAGGGGUCUGAUGAUGUUGCCUGGGUGGAGAGGGGUCAGGUGUUCUCUGCCCUCACCAAACUGGGUACUGCCAAUGAGCUGAUUCUGCCCGUUGACCACAUCAAACUCAGUCUAAUGGAGAGGAUGUUGGAAUGGGCCGUGACGGACAAUCGAGAGGCGACGACUGUCACGUUGCCCCAGCACACAGAAAACGCGGUGCGUCUUCUGCACGUGGUCCAGGACUUUCUGCAGGCUGAAGGUCUGGUGAACCCUGCGCUGUGGACCGAGAAGGUUCUGGAGGAGACGGUCACUCUGAUGGACGGGCUGAUGGUGUGGUACGCUGCGGGGACGCAGUGGCUUCAGCUGUCUCAGGUGGGGCUAAGACUGCUGCUCGGCUUCAUGGCGCAGGACGACCCACAGGUGUGUGCCAUGGCCACGGCCAAGCUGAACGGCAUCCUGCAAACAAAGACCAUAGAGUCUCAGGACGAGGCGUGUUAUCUUCUCGGUCGCAUUGAGGGAAUCCUCAGACGGGCCGUGAGCGAAGAGAGGACGGGGGAGACGUACUCCUAUUUAGUGCCUCUCCUCCGAACUCUUCUGUCUAAAGUCCACCGGCUCCUGUACAUGGAGCUACACCUCCCAUCUCUCCCUGACACCAACGGGAGCCCGUCGUUCUUCGAGGACUUUCAGGUCUACUGUAACUCUCCAGAGUGGAGGGUCUACCUGGACAAAUAUAUUAUUCCCUACAUGAAGCAGUAUGAGAUUGAGAUGUUCAGUCAGGGUCAUGAGAACAUGGCUCUUUUCUGGAAGGACUGUUACGAGACCUUCAUGCUCAACCUGCACCGCAGAGAUCGAGAAAGAGGAGAGAGCAAGAUACGCUUUCAGGAGCAGUUUGUGGAGCCGUUCAAUCGUCGAGGCCGACAGGAGAACCUGCGGUACAACAGCAUGGUGAAACAGAUCCACACGCAAAAUAGCGCCAUCCUCAGGCAGUGGAGAGCGGCACGCCGAGGGCUGUUUUGUGAAAGAGGACCAUGGGUGGACAAGCAGCAAAAGGACGUACGCUGGAAACUUUCUAGCGCUGAGAACUACUCGCGGAUGCGACUGAAACUGGUGAGGAACUACAACUUUGACCUUCACAAGGAAGCCAGCGCCCUGAGAGACAACCUGGGUGUGCAGCACCAGCGGGUAAACGCAGAGUCACUUUUAUUAGAAGUGGUGAAACAGGUAAAGGUCAGCGAUCUUGAUGAUGAUAUCCUGGAGCUUCUGGAGGAGGACCCGGCGUCAGCCAAUCAGGCUGAUUCUGAAGAGGCGGGUCAGAAAGAGAAACUGGUCAUCUCAGAGGACUGUCAGCUGGUGACGGUGGUCGACGUCUAUCCAGGCCGUCUGGAGCUCACAACGCAACACAUCUACUUCUACGACAGCAGCGCAGAGAAAGAAGAAGGUGUGGGUCAGGACUUUAAAUGGCCUCUGUCUCAGAUCAGAGAGAUCCACCUGCGCAGAUACAACCUGCGGCGCUCCGCUCUAGAGAUCUUCCUCAUCGAUCAGACCAAUUAUUUCCUCAACUUCACAAAAGAGGUGCGUAAUAAAGUCUACAGUCGGAUGCAUCUGUUGCGAUCCCUCUCUCUUCUUGACACGCGUUCGCCUCAGGACCUGCUCAAAGCAUCUGGACUAACUCAGAAAUGGGUGAACAGAGAGAUUUCGAACUUUGACUACCUGAUGCAGUUGAACACCAUCGCAGGAAGAACAUACAAUGAUCUGUCUCAGUAUCCUGUGUUCCCCUGGAUCCUGUCUGAUUAUACGUCAGAAGAGCUGGAUCUGUCCGACCCGCGUGUGUUCAGAGAUCUCUCCAAACCUGUGGCGGUGUUGAACGAGAGGAACGCCAAAGCCGUCCGAGAGAAGUAUGAGAGUUUUGAAGACCCCACGGGCACCAUCGACCGUUUCCACUAUGGCACUCACUACUCAAAUGCUGCGGGGGUCAUGCAUUACCUCAUCAGGGUCGAACCCUUCACCUCUCUGCACAUUCAACUACAGAGCGGAAGAUUCGACUGCGCAGACCGUCAGUUUCACUCAAUUCCGGGCACCUGGCAGACGCUCAUGGAUAACCCCAAUGACGUCAAAGAGCUCAUCCCGGAAUUCUUUUACUUCCCAGAGUUCUUGGAGAACCAGAACGGUUUUGACCUGGGUCGUUUGCAGAUCUCUAAGGAGCGAGUAAAUGAUGUCAUCCUGCCUAAAUGGGCCAAAUCUCCCGAGGAUUUUAUCCACAAGCACCGCAAAGCCCUGGAAUCAGAGUAUGUUUCUGCUCACCUUCAUGAAUGGAUCGAUUUGAUCUUUGGUUAUAAACAGAGAGGCCAGGCGGCAGUGGAGGCUCUUAAUGUCUUUUACUACUGCACAUAUGAAGGAGCUGUAGAUUUGGACGCCAUCACAAACGAGAAGGAGAGGAAAGCUCUAGAAGGCAUGAUUAGUAACUUUGGACAGACACCGUGCCAGUUACUGAAGGAGCCACAUCCUGUACGUCUUUCUCUAGAGGAAUUAGAGAAGAGAAGGUCUCGUCUGGACUCCUGUCCUCUCAACAUCUUUGAGCAUCUCACUGAACUCAAAUCAUUUUUCGUUGAGGGCAUCAGCGACAAGGUUCCUCUGGUUAAAGCUGUCGUCCCCAAAAACCAAUCGCAUUCCUUUAUCUCACAGGGAAGUCCAGAUACUCUGGUAACAAUAAGCCAGAAUUGUUUGAUGGGAACACACGGUUGGCUGCCCUAUGACAAAAACAUAUCCAACUAUUUCACUUUCAUCAAAGACCCUACAGUCGCCGGUCCAAAGACUCAGAGGUUUGUAGCGGGGACGUUCGCUCCAGGGAUUGAGGUCUCUGCUCAGCUGUUUGUUAUAUCUCACGAUGGGAAGCUUCUCUUCAGCGGAGGCCACUGGGACAACAGCGUAAGAGUGACGUCUCUUGUCAAAGGCAAAACAGUGGGGCAGCACAUUCGUCACAUGGACAUUGUGACGUGUCUGGCCACGGAUCACUUCGGGAUUCACCUGAUCUCUGGCUCCAGAGACAGCACCUGUAUGGUGUGGCAGGUGCUUCAACAGGGUGGUGCUCCGGUGGGCCUGUCCUCUAAGCCAGUGCAGGUGUUGUACGGACACACGGAUGAAGUUGUCAGUGUGUCUAUCAGUACGGAGCUGGACAUGGCCGUUUCUGGAUCAAGGGAUGGAACGGUGAUCAUUCACACCGUGAGGAGGGGUCAGUACAUGCGCUGUCUGCGGCCGCCGUGUGAAAGUUCGCUGCCCAUGUCCAUCAUCCACCUGGCUGUGUCCUUCGAGGGGCAUUUAUUAGUGCACACUUGCAUUGAAGGCAAAGCAACACUAAAGGACAAGAACGCUUUGCACCUGUACUCUGUUAAUGGGAAACACCUGUGCAGUGCCCCGCUGAACGAACAGGUGACAGACCUGUGUGUCUCAGGGGAAUAUGUGGCUAUCGGCAGUGAACAAGGUUUCUUGUCUGUCAGAGAUCUCUACAGCCUGACUCUGUGCGUUGCUCCGAUGGCGAUGCGGGUGCCCAUCCGCUGUGUAUCCGUGACUAAGGAACAGUCUCACGUGCUGGUGGGACUUGAUGACGGAAAGCUGAUCGUGGUGGGCGUCGGAAAGCCAGCGGAGAUGCGUUCUGGCCAGAUUACCCGAAAACUCUGGGGCUCCAGUAAACGUCUCACCCAGAUCUCGUCUGGAGAAACAGAGUAUCACACCCAAGAGCAACCCUGACCCCACCCCCUAAAUCACAGCCCUUCUGCCUGAUUGGCCCACUGUCCCGUCAAUCAGCACAGUCUCCCGAAUUCAUUGUUUCUGUAUGGAGGACGACUCUCCUCUCGCUGAAACAAUACGAAGGACUUUUAUAAUACAAGCAUCACAUGUAUGCAUAUCUGUGUGAUGUGUGUUACCGUUUGUGUGUUAUCUGUAUAGUCCUGUGGUUGGACUGGUGCAGGCACCAUCUAACUAUGCGUGUCGACCACACCCACACAUGCCCCGCCCAUUUUCCUGGUUGUCAUGCAUUUUAAUCAUCAUCAAUGCCAUUAUAACACAAUUAUUGUCUGUUCCAUUCUGUGUCUUGCAUACAUGUUUUGUUUAUUUUUCUAGUUGUUAUUUUUCGUUGGUUUCAGUGGCCUGAUCUUAUGUAACCUUUAGGGUGGAUUUGUGAUAUACAGUCAGUAUUUUUGCACACAGACAAAAGGUGGAUGUGAAUUUUCACCAAAGCAAAUUUGUCAUAAGCAUAAACUAUUCCAAAAGAUCAGCACGUACAGCAUUUUAUUUUAUAACAAAACGUUUAUGGGGUAAAAAACUGUUGAAUGUGUUGUUGUUGUCUUGAAUUACUUGAAUUGUUGUGUUGUUAUUUCAAUGAAGAAUGACACGUACGUUUUUAUUUUAUGGAUGUAAAGCACGUAGCUGCAACUUUGAUUUGAAGGAUUUGUUUUGGAGUACAAUAACUUGUUUUGUUUUGAUGAACACUACAACUAUAGAAACGGGAGAACGCUUCGAAGGGCUUCGUGAGAAAUGACAGUAAGCAAUACAGUUAUUGAAUCAAUCCCAGGUUAUUGAAGCAUUCCACUGUAAAUCAUUGCUAUUCGAAAUCCUCCGGUCUUCCUAGUUUCCAAACAGAGCACUACAAAUGGGAUUGAAGGUACUACACGGGGGACAGCUGUAAUAGAUGCUGCAUAGUCCAUUAGUCAGGUGAAGCGCUGUGUUCCUUCCUUUUUUAUAUUGCAAAGCCAUGCAGUCGUUGUUUACUAUGCAGGUAAACGUCCAAGCCUUCUACAGAAUUCGCCCGACGUUUGAAUUCUUGCUCGUUCAUAUGCAGUUUAUUUCUUUAACGUUGACUAGACGUGUGCGUAUGCAUGUACUGUUUGUCAGCAUGUUGGGGCCCCUUACAGAAAUUACAUUGGGGGGACCAUUUGUCCCACGAAUAAGUUUGUCACUGUUACUACUCUAAAAUCAUAAUAUACAUAUAUAGGAUCAUCUUUAAACAGUGUAAGGAAUUUGGGAAACUAUUUGCCGCUGUUUUAUUUUAGUAACUGUAGUGACUGUGGCGUGUUGCCAGAAACUAUGUUUACUAUAGUAAUUUUCUAAGGGUCUUGCGAGUUUGUUUUUAUCACCCGUGUCUUUGAGUAAAAUUUUCAUUCCUGUACUGAAAGCCUCAUUGUUUUAGAAAUGUAGAUAUAUUAAUGAAAAUAUUAAUACCAAAAAUGAUGGAUAAUAAUCAGGAUGUUUAUUUAUUGAGAUUGUGUUCUUCCAUAUAUACUGUAUGUGCUUUUAGUUUGCAGUGGUGCUGAUGUCCUAAAGUUUAGAUUUGGGAUGGGGUGUGUUUGCCUCAGAUGGUGUCACCAAGUGCUCCCACUUGUUGCUAUGGACAUAAUACCAAAAUCAUUUUUUUUUCUUUAUUCCCAAAUUGUUUCUUUAAAAACAGGAAAUCUCUGCAGAUUGCUGUUUUUAUUUGCAGAUGUAUGCGUUUUAUUUUUUGGGAUAAAACAAAUGGAGUGCCUUUUUAUUCUCUGUUGUCAUGGGGUUUAGACUCGAUGAUUUAAACUUUAGCAUGACACUUUGUGACCCCCUGGGAACAGCCACGGUUUCAAUGGGACAAACUUUAGCAGUGACACUUUUGUCGUAUCAGACCUGUGACUUCCAGUAGCUGUCACUAAUGUGUGUGUGUGUGUAUAUCUGUGCUUAUUUAUAAAUGUACAGCAUGAGUUUUAUUUCCUUGUACAUGAAUUGUAUUUUUUGCACUUUCCAGGUACGACGAAUUGUAAGAAAUCGUUUUAAAUGUCUCCUUGAUCUGUACAGAGAAAUUGCUUUGUAUAAGUGAAGAUUUAACAAUAAAGUCCUGUUCAAAAUUUGUGUA